AUGCCUUCAGCAACACCAGACUACAGCUUAACAGAGCAACAAAAACAACACUUCCUCGACCACGGCUUCAUAAAACUCGAGAAUUGUUUUUCCGUCAACGAUGAACAGUGCAAAGGACUCAUGGAGCGUAUGUGGGAACGCCUAGACAUGGAUCCCAACGAUCGAGAGACUUGGAACCCUUGGCGAGUUCACCUCCCUCGCUACCAUCCAGCAAUCCCCAUACGAGAUUUUUGCCCCAAGGCUUGGGCUGCGAUAUGCGAGCUUUGUGGCGGCGAAGAACGCAUCGAUACUGGAUCCUCCGCAACACCUGGUUUGGCUUCCACCCAAGGCACUCCUUCUGGUCCUGACCACUUGACCCCCGCGCAACAGAAAUUGCUAGAUCCUCAUGACAGGGAUAAUUGGCACGUCGACGGCGAUUUCUUUCAUCAUUUCCUGGAUUCGCGCGAACAGGGUUUGCUUCCCAUCGUAUUGUUUUCAGACAUCAAUAUCGGAGGCGGAGGUACAAUGAUUUGUCCAGACGCCAUUCCCACCAUGGCUGCGCACCUCUAUGCGCAUCCCGAGGGCGUGAUGCCCGAUAUGACUGCCGUGGAAGGAAGGGAAACCCCCUACAAAGAUUUCGACCAUGGGUUUUACGAUAAAGCAGUGGCGGCAGUGGAGAAGGAAAAGUUCAAGACGGCGACGGGCAAGGCGGGGGAUGUGUAUCUGUUGCAUCCGUUGAUGGUGCAUAGUGCUGCUCCUAAUUAUUUGCGAGAACCGCGUAUAAUAACCAACCCCCCAAUCUCCCUUUUGCGUCCUUUCAACUUUGACAGAAAAGACGGGAGUCAAUACAGUCUAGUCGAGCAAAAAUCACUCAAUGCAUUGGGAAAGCCUCAAGGAUUGGAUGGGUGGAAGAUCACGAGGGAGAGAAAGCUUAUUGUGCCAGAGAGGGUCAGGCUGCAAGCUGAGAUGAAGAAGCUUUGA